AUGGGCACCGGCACGGUCUGCUGGGCGGGACCUUGCAUUCGACCUCCCUGCGCCUACGCGUCCUCUUCGUCCAACCCGCAGGAUCCCAACGAGACGGCUUCGACGUUCUUGUCGCAGACUGUGAACGGUUCCCACCAGUUCAAAAUAUCUGGGUAUUCCAUGUCCAAGGGCCUCGGCAUCGGCAAGUACAUUGCAUCGGACACGUUCGAGGUCGGGGGCCACUCGUGGGCCAUCUAUUUCUACCCCGAUGGGAAGAACCCCGAGGACAACGCUGCUUACGUCUCCCUGUUCGUCGCCCUGGCCAGCGAGGGCACCGGCGUGAGGGCGCUCUUUGAGUUGACGCUGAUGGACCAGAGCGGCAAGGAGCGGCACAAGGUUCACAGCCACUUCGAGAGGGCCCUCGAGGGGGGGCCUUACACCCUUAAGUACCGCGGCAGCAUGUGGUUAGUUUCCAAUGGGUGGCUUCCUAUCUCUCUCUGGUUUGCUCCGGCUUGCUCCGGUUUCUUUUCUGCAGUAUCCUUCUACAUUGGCUCUCCAUUUCUAGUGCCUGUAAUUGUCUUUCCAUUUUCUUUCUUCCGAAAAUUUUCUUCAUUAGAGAAGUCACUUCUCUUCUUCUUCUGUCUGUUCGAGAAGGGUAGGUGGGCAUAGUUUCAACUGUUUGUCCUCCUCCACCAGGGUUCUAGUUUUUCACUUAUUUUUUCUGAUACUUAAGGGGAUGUAAUUUCUUUCUUUAUGACUGGUUUCACGUACCUGAAUGAGAUCAUUGCAUGAUUUUUAUUCACCUGUCUCCCGAGCGGCCUUUAAAUCAUCCAUCGUCAGAUCCUGCUUCUUGGCCUUUCAUGUUGGAUUUACACGCUUGUAAUGAAAGGAACCCCCUAUUCUUUCGUGUGUUUUUAUAAAUCGAGGUAAUCUGAACAUUCGCUAUGGCCAGUGCUCAUUACUGCGGGGAAUAAUCUGUUCUUGUCUUUCGUUGAAUGUAAGAAGUAGAUGGGUGACUUUCAGAUUUGCAGUGUUUCAUAUCCACAGGGCAUCACUUGUUAAGAAGUUAGUGUGGAUCUAGACUUGAGCAUCUCUCAUAUAGUAGAGAGCAAACAAUGAUUUGAAAUUAAAGCACGUCCUAAAAAACAAUUUAUACCACGUUUCCCUUUCAGUUAGUCAGUUCUUACGAAGUCACCUGGACCCCUCCUAGACAGCAACCUUUUUGGAGAGUUAGGGUACUUAUCCAUGCCAACUCCAAAGGCAGACCCUGUUUGUCAGAAACUUUAUCAAACGCAACUAAUGACAAUUUUGUUUAUAAGGGUAGAAGUUAAUGGCCUUUUUAAGAAGAAAAAUGUUCCUUGAAGCAACGGAUGUUGUUAAACAUCAUUCCUAAUCGAUAAUUGAAAGAAGGCUUUGUGUUACAAAACAGUGCAUUGAAUUCUUAUAUCCAUCCUAGCCGGGUCAAGGCACUAAUCCACUGAUAAAAUAUGUGAUAGAAUCACGAAAAUCUUUAUUGGUUGGUUACCAUGGUCCUUUUCACUGAUAGAUAACAGUCUUUCUUCUUGACAAAAAUAUCACUUAAUUUUGUCAAGAACUUUCAAUCCUAGUUAUGAAAAUGAUAGAAACAAUGUGCUUGAUAUUUCAUUCAAGUAUUGUUGUCUCUCUUUUCACAAUCCGCAUGUGUGAACUAUUCAAGAAUGUCACUGCAUUAAUUAGUUUGAGUUUAAACUGGCGUAGUACCCGAUAUAAAUACUUUCUCAUGCAUUAUGUUGGGUCAAAUCCGUUAUAAAAGUAUGCUCUAUCAAGUACUUACGCAAGCUGGAAAGUAGUCGCACAUAAACUUGCAUGCCUUGAUCACCUUAUGAACUAUGUGUCCUCUGAAGACUAUCUAUAGGAAUCACUUCAGUGGACGGUUCCUUACUACACCCGAUAAUGGAAUGUCGUAAUCAUUUGGACAUGACUCCCAUAAGUGAAAGGGGCUCAUAUGAUUUUGGCCAUUGCUCUCAAGGACCAUUAACUAACAUUGGGUUCGAGCUUGAUAAAAUCACCCAAAUAAGCAGCAUGGAUCUUUCAUUUGCUCAUGACACGCAUCUUCAAGUUUUGUGAAGAUCCUAGUUGGGUGAUACACUUUACAAGAAGGGAGGUGAUUUGAAUUGAGUUUUGAAGAUAAGCUCGGAGCUAAAAUUUUAUAUUAAUGCAAUCGAGCGCUUGUGAUACAGGAGAAUUUGUUGUCGUUUGAUCUCAAUUUAGACUCUCUAAGCCUUGGAUAUUUUGCUUAGUGAAUCAUAAACUUAUUACAACUUGACUUUUUCACAGUGCCAACCAAGUCUUCCUAUACCAAUGCAACAGCAGGCUUGUGGAAUUCAACAGAAGAUAAAAUAAAUGAACCAAAAAGAUCUAAAACAUAAUUAGAGGACGUUAUUGAAGCUCAGAAGAUCAAGUCGGAUGAUGAUUUUAGAGUCCUUUUGUAAUUUAAGAGCUUGAAAAUAAUGCCUUAGGCUUAACAGUUUUAAAUUAGCGGAAGUAUUAUUGUUCUUACAUUUGGGAGGCUUCUAUCGCCUGGAAAGUAUUCGUUGGAAAAUAUUUACCCUUCAAUGGUUGUACUCCUCCAGUUUUCACCAUUCUACAGUUGCUAUUAUAGACAACGUAGCUGUAACAACUUUGCUGGUGUUGAUAACUAUAGGGAAUGACUCCUGUGAUAUAUCUUCUUUGCUAUUCACGUGUCAGAACUUAUGCCUCAACUGUUGACGCCUGCAGUUCUGGACCUGAAGCUUGAUUCUUAGCUAAUAUUUUCUUCACAGAAAUAAUUUGUUUCUAUAAUUUUCCCUGCAACUUUGAGGGAUCUGUACUUGUCAUAUUAUGUUCAUUUUUUACUAUUUUCGGAUUUUAAAAUUUUCGUUUAUUUCCCUAAAACUCAUGCAAAAAAGUGGCACAGUAUCGUCACAGUACCAUGGUUCUUGAUUGAUUUAUUUAAUUCCUUGGUGGGGAGUGGCUUCUUUCAGGUUUUCUUUUGAAAUUUCCUGUUAGCAUAAUGCUGAAAGAGUUGAAAAGUUAACCUUGAUAUGACUCGUCACUUUAUGAGAAUGACAAAGUACUGGUACUUGCGUUAAGUUAAGAGGUCAGAUGAGUUGAACUUAUGGAAGUUGGAUUAACAAGUUCAUGGCAUAACCUUUUUCUUGGCUUGUUUUUAAUGUCUAUGGAUUUAAUACUAAUAUCUUGAUUCUUUCGCUAUGUUGGUUAGUCGUCCCUUCCUAUGGAUGUGUGUGUUUAAUCGAAGUCAAGGCAUAUCUUCUUCUUCCAUGAGUAUUUGGAUCCUACAUCUGCGGUUGAAGUAUUAAUGUUUCAACCGGAAUAAUGCAGGGGCUAUAAACGCUUCUUCAAAAGAACGGCCUUGGAUACAUCAGAUUAUGUUAAAGAUGAUUCUCUAUUGGUUCGCUGUAGUGUUGGUGUUGUUAGAUCACGUACAGAGGGACCGGAACUUUAUUCUGUUGCAGUACCGCAAUCUAACAUUGGUCAGCAUUUUGGGCAGCUUUUGGAAAGUGGUAAAGCAGCUGACGUUAGAUUUGAGGUUGAUGGUGAGAUUAUUUCUGCCCACAGGUUGGUCCUUGCAACUCGAUCCCCUGUUUUCAGGGCACAACUUUUUGGCCCAAUGAAGGAUCGAAACACUGACUGUAUAAAGGUGGAGGACAUGGAAGCGCCAGUAUUCAAGGUCUCUCUGCCAUUUCAAAUGGUUUAUGCUAGAUUGAUCCAAUUCCUUUUUUUCCUUAUCCAAAAAUUCAUACGUUGUCUGCCUAUCUUCUGUUUUUCUUGACAGACUUUUUUUCUGAAUUACUUCAUCAAAGUAUGAUCAUGGAAUUACUCGAUUUUUGUUUCACGUUGUUAAACCUUGCUGCGCUUGCAGUAGUGUUACUGAUUACAUCUUGCGAAUGCAAAGUAUUGGGAAGACUAUGGUUUUAUUUGGUCAUUUGUGACUUUUCUUUCUUAUCAUUUGGAAUAUAUUUUCUAACGAGAUGUGCUGUAGUUUUAAGCUUUCUCUGUCGAAAUUCAUAUAGAGUGUGUGAGAGCUGUUGUUCUUCACACAAAGAUGCGAUAAUAUUGGCCUGCCUGUAACCACUGUGGAUUAUCCGUGAAAUGAUGAAUACCAAUUUUACUAACUAAGAAACUGCUAGUAACAGAAGUAGUUGCUGCAGACUGUUUCUUCAUUAAAUGCCUCAGUACCCUCAUUUUGUGCAAAUGAAUCUCCAGUGAUGGCAAUGAUCUUUAAAACAUUUCAUGUGGUUCCUUUAAUUAUUUUCCACUAAACCCAAUCUGUCUGACAGUUGCGCCUCGUUUCCUGAAUUCUGCCUCUUCUCAGAUCAAACUGCAUCGUAUCAUCCAUGGUUUUACUGCCUAGAUUGGUAGAUUAGGCAAUUAAUGGUUUGCGGGGAUGAUUGUUAUAUUAAUUUUCUCAGGCAAACUACUGACUGGUGCAACUGUGAAUAGCAUUGAUAUACUUGUAACCCUUCUCUCCUCUAACAUUGAUGGCAACUUUAAAUGCUCAACUUAUCUUUUUUGUUUUUGAUAGGCAGCAUGCAACAAACUAUGGUGGGUAUUUUGAGAGGUGUCGGGAUUUUUGAGAUACUCUCAAUGUUGCAUUUACAUAGAUUUCAUUUUCUUCCCAAUCACCUUCUGUGUGCACAUUUUGACUGUAAGCCUCCUUUUUUCCUCUUUGAUGCCCAUCUAAUUUUAACGUCUCCUUUGGUAUCCCAUCCUCAAAGAAGAAAAUAUUGGCCAGAUUUUUUCUCCCGUUUGUCUAUGUCUCUAGCUUAUGCUCUUGGAAAUGGGAGGACGAUUCCCAGAGGUUUCCUUAUCAAGAUUCUCUUUGACAUUGUCUGAUGUGAUCCUCCUUGCUUCAUCUUCCAGGCAUUACUUCAUUUCAUGUACUGGGAUUCCCUACCAGACAUGGAAGAGCUCACUGGUACCAAUGCAAAAUGGGCUUCCACAUUGAUGGGUCAGCACUUAUUAGUAGCAGCAGACAGAUAUGCGAUGGAGAGGCUUAGGUUACUCUGUGAGGCCAACCUCUGUGAAGAUGUUGCCAUAAACACUGUGGCCACCACACUAGCUCUAGCGGAGCAGCACCACUGUUUUCAGCUGAAAGCCGUGUGCCUCAAAUUCAUUGCAUUACCUGAGAACCUGCGAGGUAAGUCCCCCUUUUUCUUUUUCCCUUUUUCUUUUUUCCAUACAUAUACUGGUGUAUAGUUAAAUUACAUUUGUGUAGGAAAGAACACUGUUCUCGGUAGAUUGUCGCCAUUAAUCGAAGGCAUAUUUGCAAUACAGAGAGAGUCUGCAAAGAUGUAAAGCAUGUGGAGAGAAAAAAUUAUGAAUAAUUGGGCCACUUAGUUGGGUACACGUAUGUGGGUGUCCUGUUUUCUUCUUCUUUCAAUUAUUUUGACCAGUCAGGUUGCUUCUGGGCGAGUGGCCAUCGGCAUGAAUCCCCUCCCUCCUUUCCCUCCCUGCAGCUGUGAUGCAGACGGACGGAUUCGAGUAUCUGAAGGUCAGCUGCCCGGCCCUCCUGACCGAGCUCCUGGAGUACGUGGCCAAGGUCAGAGAACACUCUUUGGCCGCCUGUCUGGGCCCCAGUGAAGACCUGGAUAGCGGGGCCGCCGCCGGCAGACGCGUGAAGCCGCGGAUAUGA